UUUCAGAAGAUAUACAUGGAGACCCGACGCCUUCAGGAGCUGCCGUUUUCCCCAAAGUGGAUUUUCUAUACUCUCAGCACCACAGGUGUGAUGGGAAUGAAGAGCUGAACGUGAGUCAUCUGUGUUAGCAAGGACUCCAACAUCCGGCACAUAAAGGCUAAUCAGGACAUCAUGUACUCUCCGAGGCACUGAGAUCCUGAGUGGAACGGUUUUAGACCGUCAGCUCAGAGCCUCACGCAGGAUAUAGGACAGAGCAGAUGGUUUAAACGGCUCCGGGAUGAAGCAGGUAAAGAUUUUGGACAAUAAAACCAAAGAACCGCUGUGUUUCCUGGACAAGGUUGAGUAUCACUCCACGAUCGGUGAUAUUAAAGAACUUUUUCACAGAGUGUAUCCGCAGUGGUAUCCAGCAAGACAAUCACUCAAACUCCAUCCCAAAUCGGAGGAGCUCAGAGACGAUGAGCUUUUACAGAAUUUAGCGGUUGGUGCGACAGCCACGCUGUAUUUCCGUGACCUCGGGCCUCGCGUCGGCUGGACCGUGGUGUUUCUGUCGGAGUAUGUAGGACCGCUCCUGAUUUACCUGCUCUUUUAUUCCCGGCUUCCCUACGUCUACACUCUUACACACACUCCCACGUCACCCGGCCCCCACCCUUCAGUCAGUCUGGCAUGUGUGUGUCAUUCUCUCCAUUACGUUAAGAGAUUGAUAGAGACAGUAUUUGUGCAUCACUUCACCCAUGGCACUUUGCCUGUAGGGGUCAUCAUGAGAAACUGUAUGUAUUACUGGGGGUUUGCUGCAUGGUUGGCAUACUACAUUAAUCACCCACUUUACACUCCACCAUCAUAUGGACGACCCCAGAUCCUCUGUGCACUCUUUAUGUUCAUGCUGUGUGAGGCGGGAAGUUUCUCUAUCCACUGGUCACUCAGCACAUCAGGAAGAGAUACAGGAGCUAAAUACAGGAGUUUUCCUCAUCCCUCUAAAAACCCCUUCACUUGGCUUUUCUUCUUUGUUUCCUGCCCCAACUAUACAUAUGAGGUUGGAGUGUGGGUGAGUUUCUCCAUCCUGACUCAGUGUGUUCCAGUCGCCAUCUUCACACUGAUCGGAUUUGUUCAGAUGACGAUAUGGGCGAAGUGGAAGCACAAAACCUACACCAGAGAAUUUAAGAACUAUCCUGCUCUCCGUAUGUCCAUCCUCCCAUUCAUCCUCUGACAGUAAAACACACAAGUCUUCUGGAAGCAUCGUAUCUUUAAUUCAACUUUAUCCGAGUUUAUGCUCCGAGUUUAUAUAUGGAGGAACUCCAACAGUGUUUAUUCUGCUCUUUGUUGAUGGCGAUGAUGGUUUUGAUGAU